UUUGGAUCAUUUAUGUAUAGUCUAUUUUCAGCUGUAAAACGAAAGAUGACUUCACGUUGCACCAUUAAACUCCCAAAAUCCGGAAUUUGUCCUCUCUGCUUCUACAAAACUCGACAAAGUAAUUGGGCUCGUCACGUAAAGAGACACCAUCCAGAAUUUACUACACCUAUUUAUAGUGAAAAUAAAAAUAGUUCUGAACAAGUAGAAGAGAUUAAUGUUGUAGAACCUGCCCAAAGUUCGUCCAAAUCGUCAGAAAUUGAUCUGCCAAUGUUGCAAUUAAAGCAUUUUUUGAAUCAACAAAUUCAACACAAUAAUUUAUUUGGGGUGGAUAAUGAAGAUAAAGAAGGCUUGGGAGAGGAAGAUGAAGAACAGAUACGAAUUAUUAAGGAAGUAGAUGGGAAUAAUGGGGAAGAAGAAGGAGGAGAAGAAUAUAGUGAAGAGGCUCAGAAGGCUGACGAAUUAUUAUUUAAAGGUAGAUAGGACUAUAAUGACUAGUUUUAAAAGGAGUAUUUGAUGGGAUUGGGUCAGAGGUCGGUCGGAAUUCCGACUUCGAAAACUUCGGAUGAUUUCCGAGUUCCGACUUUUGAGACAUUUCUGAUUUCCGACAGUUCCGAUUUCCGACACCUUAGUCAUUUCCGACCGAUCUCCGGAGUGGGUGAUCUCAUGGGGUUCAGGGGUGAGCGCAAGAGACAUUUAAAAAAACUCAACGCUAGGUUUGGGUUCUAUAGAUCUAUAGAACUCACUGUGAGGUU